CAGCCUAAUAAGAAGCAGACAACACUUUGAAGGAGGGAGGCAGGCGGGAAAGGGGGUGACAUCAAUCUGGGUCUGCUGUCUGUGCCCAUUUGGAGUGCAGCACUUUGCAGAGUGCACUGAGACGCGGUUGCAGCCUGGCAAAAGACCUUUACUGCAAAUAGCAGUCAGGAUUUGGUGUUUGUGGGUAGUUGCAAGUCUCCACUGGGACAGAGAGAAUGGCAUCCACAGGGUGGACGCUCCUGGUUUUGGCGGUGGCCGCCUGCUCGCCUUUCGCAGCGGGACGGAGAAUGAAGCAGCCCCGGUGCCCCUCUGGAUGUACCUGCACCAAAGAUAACGCCCUGUGUGAAAACGUCCGCUCUGUGCCUCACCAUUUCCCCUCAGACGUCCUGUCACUGUCUUUUGUCAAGUCUGGAUUCAGUGAAAUCACGGGAGGAAGCUUUGCGCAUACACCCGCCUUGCAACUACUAUUGUUCACGGCUAAUUCCUUUGACUUGAUCAGCGAAGACGCAUUCGUAGGUCUGCCGCAUCUUGAAUAUCUGUUUAUUGAGAAUAACAAGAUUGCAUCAAUCUCUCCCAAUGCAUUCCGGGGCCUCAAAACAUUGAUUCAUGUGAGUCUGGCUUACAACAAUCUUGAGACGCUGCCUAAAGAUGUGUUCAAGGGUAUGGAUGCUUUGACUAAAGUGGAUCUGCGAGGCAACAGCCUGAUAUGCGACUGCAAGCUGAAGUGGCUGGUGGAGUGGAUGCACCACACCAACGCCACACUGGACCAGAUCUACUGCAGCGGGCCGCCCAGUCACCAGGGCAAGAAGAUCAACGACCUGCUGCCGCUUUCCUUCGACUGCAUCUCGUCAGAGUUUGCCUCCUAUCAGUCGCUGAAGUUCGAGUCCAUUUCCGUGGAGUCGUUCACCUUUGGCAACGACCAGUUUGUUGUGUUUGCGCAACCCUUUGCCGGGACGUGCAGCUUCAUGGAAUGGGAUCACGUUGAGAUGAACUUCAGGAGCUUUGACACCAUCGAAUGCACUUCCACUGUGGUCUGCAAGCCCAUGGUGAUCGACCACCACCUUUUUGUCAUCGUGGCGCAGCUCUUUGGCGGCUCUCACAUUUACAAACGCGACAUCUCCGCUAACAAGUUCAUCAAGAUCCAGGACAUUGACAUCCUGAAAAUCCGCAAACCCAAUGACAUCGAAAUCUUUACGAUUGACGGGGAGUCAUUCUUCGUCAUUGCAGACAGCUCCAAGGCCGGAUCAACAACCGUGUACAAAUGGAAUGGCAAUGGAUUCUACUCCCAUCAGUCUCUCCACCCGUGGUACCGGGACACAGACGUGGAAUACCUGGAGAUCUCCAGCAAACCUCACUUGAUCUUGUCCAGCAGCUCCCAGAGGCCUGUGGUUUAUCAGUGGAACAAGGUCCUGAAACAGUUUGACCGCAGGACCGACCUACCUGAGAUGGAGGAUGUGUUCUCCAUUAAACACUUCCGGGUCAAAGGAGAUCUGUUUAUAUGCUUGACAAGAUUCAUUGGGGACUCCAAGGUGAUGCGUUGGGACGGCGCCAUGUUCAAGGAGGUCCAGACGUUCCCAUCCCGCGGAUCUAUGGUCUUCCAGCCCGUCUCCAUCGGCAACUGGCAGUACGCCAUCCUGGGCAGCGAUUACUCGCUGACGCAGGUGUACCAGUGGGACGCCAAGAGGGGCCACUUUGUGCCGUCUCAGGAGCUGAGCAUCCAGGCGCCGAGGGGAUUUUCUCAGGUGUCAGUGGACGGUCGGGAGUUCCUGAUUGCCUCCAGCUUUAAGGGCAAGUCGCAGAUUUACGAGCACCUCAUGAUCGAUCUUAGCAAUUAAAUCCGAACUCAAACGCCUAAUAGGUCGUACAAUCCUGAUUUCGACCAACAUCUCCGGGAAACAUAUUUCACUAAAGUCAGAGUUUGGACCACAGAAACAUUCUUAUGUUUUCGUUUUGGUGAACCCCUCACCAAAAAACACAGUGGGAAGAAGAAGAAUAUUUAAAAAAUCCAUAGCCUCGUCGUCACUUGUUAUCAAACAUUCGGUAGACUUGUUUUGUCAUUUUGCAGUGGUUAACUUCUUUUUACACUUGCGUGACAAGAGUGCUAAAAAGGGAGAUUUCACAUCACCUUACGCCUUCGUUAUAAAAGCAGUUUGCUUUGUUUUCACGUCUCAGUCUUAACAGGAGUUAACUUCAUUCUACAUGUGUAUGAUAGCUCAGAACAUUACUCUGAACCAUAAUAAGCGCAACAGUUUGACCCUGGAACUGACUAUUUUCUGAUGUCUUCAUAUUCAAAGGGAAUAUCUUAAGUUUACCAACUUUCGCAUACUCUAAGCCAGUGUUUGUGACUGCAUAAGUGAGAAUAAUACUCAUUUAGCAGAGGAAGCAAGCAAAGUGGUCCAUAGUGAAAAUCCCGUUGACUGUGUUUACUGCAUGACCACGGAAUGAAGAUAGACUGUCCUCCAUCUACUUGUACUCUGCGGUUACGCAAGACUCCAUGCAUGAUGCAGACGCUCACAAUGUUGCUCUUCGGAUGAAUGACUCGCUAGAAGCAUCCCACUGUGUCGCUAUUCCCUUUUCACUUGCCCUUUUUUCGCCCUCAUGGACAAAAAGCAUUGUUGGAAUGACACUGUGCUGCACCUGUACCUGUGCUCGCACCUCUUUCAACUAAACCUUACUGACAACAAGUUGCCAAAUACAAUGUUUACUGUUAUUUUUAUACUAUACUGUAUAUAAUAAUUUAUAUGAUACGGCUUUUCUAGGUAGUUUCAUUUUGGAUAGGCUAGAAUGUUACGAUAGUAGCCUCAUUGUUACAUUUGUGCAGUUUCACUCUUAAAGUUAGAAAGUAAUUGUGGAAAAUGUCAUUAAAACAGUAGAAAUGUCAGAUUUUUGUCAUUGCUGUUAUUGAUUUACCUAUAUAACAUGUAUUUUUUAUCGAUUUCAUGACCAAUAAAACAGAGUAUAGGAAAUGUCAUCUUCCU